GCCCGGUCCGCGCCGCCGGGGCCGGGCGGGUCGGGCUUCGGGGCCGUGUCCGGGGCCGGGCGCCGGCGAGCAUGGACGAGAAGUACCUGCCCGAGCUGAUGGCGGAGAAGGACUCGCUGGACCCGUCAUUCACGCACGCCCUGCGCCUGGUGAGCCGAGAAAUAGAAAAGUUUCAAAAAGGAGAAGGCAAGGAUGAAGAAAAGUACAUUGAUGUGGUGAUUAAUAAGAACAUGAAGCUGGGACAGAAAGUGUUAAUUCCUGUAAAACAGUUUCCUAAGUUCAACUUUGUGGGGAAACUUUUGGGUCCACGUGGCAAUUCUCUGAAGCGUUUACAAGAAGAAACCUUGACAAAAAUGUCCAUCCUUGGAAAAGGCUCCAUGAGAGACAAGGCUAAGGAAGAAGAGUUGAGGAAAAGUGGGGAAGCUAAAUACUUCCACCUCAAUGACGAUCUCCAUGUCCUCAUCGAAGUGUUCGCCCCACCUGCAGAAGCUUAUGCCCGCAUGGGACAUGCUUUGGAAGAAAUCAAAAAGUUUCUCAUCCCUGACUAUAAUGAUGAGAUCAGGCAAGCACAACUGCAGGAAUUAACAUAUUUGAAUGGUGGAUCAGAAAAUGCAGAUGUUCCCCUAGUUCGAGGGAAACCCACCUUGCGUACAAGAGGUGUGCCAACCCCAGCAAUAACCAGGGGAAGAGGAACAGUUACGGCCCGGCCAGUUGGAGUUGGGGUUCCACGAGGGACACCGACAACCAGGGGAGUCCUUUCUACCCGAGGGCCAGUGAGCCGGGGAAGAGGCCUUCUCACACCCAGAGCAAGAGGAGUCCCCCCUACUGGGUACAGACCUCCACCCCCUCCCCCAGCACAGGAGGCCUAUGGAGAAUAUGACUAUGACGAUGGAUAUGGAACUGCUUAUGAUGAACAGAGUUAUGAUUCCUACGAUAACAGCUACAGCACCCCAGCCCAAAGUGGCGCUGAUUACUAUGAUUAUGGGCAUGGGCUCAGCGAGGAGACUUACGAUUCCUACGGACAAGAGGAGUGGACUAAUUCCAGACACAAGGCACCUUCGGCGAGGACAGCGAAGGGCGUCUACAGGGACCAGCCAUAUGGCAGAUACUGAUUGUACUGUCUGAUGUUGUGAAAUAGCCAAUCUUCACCGUCCUGUAUACUGUUCAAAGUAAUUUUUUCUAUGAACAAUCCCUUUUUAAAUAAAUCAAAAUGUUUAAAAUCUGAAUGGAUGGAACUUAAAACUACUCUGUCGAAACAUCAACCUGGUCAGGAAAAAAAAGACAUGUAAAAUUUUGUUAUUUCCAGUCUGUAUAUGAAAAAUAGGUCAUCAAAAGGAAAAAAAUAACUUUGAUUAACUAGUGUUAAACAAAAAAAUAGGUUUACUAAAUAUGUUAAUCCAUUCUUUUAACAUAAGCCUCACUUUCAUUUUAAAGGUUUCCAUAGAAUUUAGUUAUUUUAUCUUUCAGCCAUAUGCUAGUUUUUUUUCUCUUGCCAACAUGCGUAAAAAGGGAAGCCAAUUACAAGUGCAAAUAAUGUGGUAUUCUUUUGUAACUCAAGUCUUGAAAUGUUCUGUAGUGUUAAGCAAAGUCUCCUCUUGCUUGAUACUAAAUAAACUUUUGAAAGAAA